AAUUUUAUGUCAAAAAUAAACCAAAAAAAGCUCCCCACAUUCAUUGUUUCUUUAAUCAUGACAUAAAAGCUGACUUGAUGAAGUAUUUACAUGGACAUGUAUACAAUGUAUUCUGUGAAAGCACCUGCUUUGGUAAACAUAUGCAAAUGCAUCAAUGUCUUGCUCGCGGACAAAUACAUAGGUGUUGCAUGGCGUUAGAACUCAACUGUAGUUCUCGCCAAGCAUUUGUAAUGCGUGUAAAUGGAUCUACGUUGCGUUUCACUUUGAGAGAAUUUGCUUUGAUCAGUGGAUUAAAUUGUGUCAACGAAGAAACUGAUUUCAUCUUUGAUCAGUCAGAACCAAAUAGUUUCAUGGAAAAAUAUUUUGAGGGUGUUAAGUUGAUCAGAAAAAUUGAUAUAAUGAGGAGUUUUCAUCGAAAAGUGUGGGGGGAGAACGAUCAGGAUGGCCUGAAGUUUGCAAUUUUAUACUUCAUUCAGACAGUGAUUUUUUCCGGUGAAAGAUCAACAAAAAAAGUUCCUAGAUUAUAUUUUGAUCUAGUCGAAAGUGGAAGGUACACCCAGUUUCCAUGGGGGAAAAAAGCUUUCUAUUUGCUGAUAAAGAGCCUGAGCAAGAAGUUAAAUGGUAAAAAGCAAUUUUACAGAAUUGGGGGAAUGCCUAUUGUAUUCCAAGUAUGGUUGUUUGAGUGCAGCUCGAGUAAUGAUUUCCAGGUCGCUCAAAAGGUUGAUGACCAUAUUCCAAGGUUGCUCAACUGGCAGACGACCAAUGAGAGUCGUAGAUACAAGAAACUUAUGAACACCAUAUUCAGUGAUGUUAAUAACAAGAUUAAAUUCAGGAACAUUACACCAAAUCAAAGGGAACUUGCAGUAUUGCAACUGCCACCGGAGGGUAUCGAAAAUCAAGCUCCACCUCAGUAUUCAGAUUCAUCAGAUGAUGAGAUAGAUGAUGAAAUAAUUGAUACAGAUGAUGAUCAACGAGAGGGAAGCUGUGACGACAAAGAUUCUGAAGAUGAUUUUCAAGCACCUCCCCCACAAGCAGUAAAGGUCAAAAGGAAGGAAAAUGUUGGUUCCUCAACGUCGCCUCUUAGAAAAAGGACAAAGAAGCUGGUGACUGGUGGAUCAAAACAGGAUGCAAAAAAAUUGGAACCUCGAAUUGCUCUUAAACAGCCGAUGAAAAAGAAUGCUGAGUCAAAAAAGAGAACAAGCGGACCUGAAGUGAAAGGCUGGGUGAAAGAGCUGUCAGAUUUCAGAAAAGAAGUUAAACAAGAGUUUGUUGAAAUUCGCAAUUUGAUCAACGACAACUUCAAAACUGUUCUGGCAGCCAUCAAUUCAAAACGGGAUGAGCAGGAGGCAGAGCAUUCUGAUGAUCAUGUUGUCCCUCCAAAAUCAAAUGAUGAAGAUGGGUAUACACCACCAUACACUUUCAAUAAAGAAUCUCCAACAAAUCAAGUUCUUGUAUCUCAGUGUGAAAAAUUGGAAUCUGGAAAUUCAGAGACACUCAAGGAUUCAAACGACAGUAAAUCAACAACUGUUGUGCCCCAUACAAUCAACACUACAGAUGGAAUAUAUCCCAACUCCGAUGAUCAUGAGGUUUUUUGUAUCAACACCCCUGUUCGAAAUCUGAUUGAAGUGGAUUAUGAGUUAAGUGCACCAAGACCUACAAUUCCUAGAGUAAAUCAACCAAGUUUUGUAUUUGAUAUACCCCCACAAAAAGUGCUUGGAGUAUCUGAAAAAUCUCAUGAGGAUGAUGUUGAACAAAUGCCAUGUCCAGUCCCUAUCCGGAUUUUGGAUCACAUGAAAGUGACAACCGAUUCACAGUUUGAAUUGGACGAUCAAUUAAUGCCUAGUCUCAACUCUAUAAAGAGUAGCAUCGCACCACAUUCAACUGUGAUAAAAGGGCACACCGAACAGCUGCCAACAACAAUUGCAGGAUGCAUUACAACAAAGGCAGAUCAGUCCACUAUCGAUGUCCAAUUGGGUACGAACGGUGAAAAUUUGAUGAUAGAUCAACCUAUCAGCAAUAACGAACAGACGCCAUUACCUACGCGUAGGAAUAGACGUCCAGGUCCUUAUAAUACAUCUCCGUAUCUGACCAAUUUUAGAUCAUCUGCUGGUACAGUAUUCCAUUAUUUUAAUACUUUUGUUAAUGCAUACGAUGUACUUAUAUUGCUAUAA